AUGGCCGAAUUGAGAACCGAGAUUAGUGACGUAUACAUUCGAAAUAUUAAGAUCAUAUUUUGUGAUGAAUUGUGUUAUUAAUACUGUUGCAAAAGAGUGAUUCAUAUCGAAUUAUAAGGAUUAUUAAAAUUAUAGUUAAUUAAGUAAUUAUUCUACAGAAUAUAUAUAAUAUUAAGGAAAUAUCUGUUAAUAUUCCUACUCGUUUGUAAUUGAAAUCGAACUUUGUGAAAAUGAUGCCCCUUAUCGGCUUGAGUAAUAAUUUUAAUAAACUGCUUGAAAAAGCUACAAGUAACCUCAAUCUGGAAUCAGAUUGGUUAACAAUUAUGAGCAUUUGUGAUUUAAUACGUCAAGGAGACGUUCCACCAAAAAAUGCACUUGCUGCAAUAAAUAAGAAGAUUACAAAUGAUAACCCACAUACAGCUGUAUUUGGUUUGUUGGUUUUGGAAUCUUGUGUAAAAAAUUGUGGAUCUCUAAUUCAUGAUGAAGUCUGUACAAAGCCAUACAUGGAACAAUUGAAGGAAAUAGCAAAAACUACACAGCAAGAAGCAGUGAGGAAUAAAAUAUUAGAACUCAUUCAAGCUUGGGCUUAUGCUUUUCGAAAUUCAUCUAAAUACAGAGCAGUGCAGGAUACGAUGCGAAUUAUGAAGACUGAAAAUUUUGAAUUCCCUGUUUUUCAAGAAAGUGAUGCUAUGUUCACUGCUGAUAAUGCACCAGAAUGGGUUGAUGGAGAUAAAUGUCAUCGCUGUAGAGUAGCUUUUAGUACUUUUAUGCGAAAGCACCACUGUAGAGCAUGUGGUCAGGUUUUUUGUGGUCAAUGUUCAGCCAAAUCUUCUACUUUACCUAAAUAUGGCAUUGAAAAAGAAGUUCGCGUAUGUGACACAUGCUAUGAUCAAGUGAACAAACCUGUUAUAACAACAAAAGAAACAGAUCUUCCUGCUUAAUAUCUUACUAGUUCUUUAGCUCAACAACAACAAGUGCCACCAAGGAAAAGUGAUGAAGAAUUACGAGAAGAAGAAGAAUUACAAAUUGCACUUGCUUUGAGUCAAAGUGAAGCUGAACAUAAAGAGAAAGAAAAAAAGCGAGUUACAAGUGCAAUCAUUUCGAAUUCUAGUGCUUUUACUAAAAUUAAUUACUCACCACCACCGUCUCCUAUAAGUUUAAAGAAUGAUAAUAUUCCGAGUCCUUCAAAAAUUCAAGAAGAAGAAGAUGUUGAUCCAGAACUUGCAAAAUAUUUAAAUCGACAAUAUUGGGAGCAACGACAAAGUGCUUUAGAAGAGCAAACUUCAAGGUUAAAUGUAACAAGUCCUUCAGCACCUAACAUAAGUAGCCCAAUGCCUCAAAAAGUUGUUACUAUAAAACAACAAAAUGGUGAAGUUGACCCAGAGAUGAAAAGUUUUGUAGAUAAUUUAAGGUCGCAAGUAGAGAUUUUUGUAAAUCGAAUGAAAAGUGAUUCAUCCAGAGGACGAUCGAUAGCCAAUGAUAGUUCAGUACAAACCUUGUUUAUGAAUAUAACUGCUUUACAUUCAAGACUUUUGCGAUACAUUCAAGAACAAGAAGAUAAAAGAGUAUAUUUUGAAGGUUUGCAAGAUAAAUUAACCCAAAUAAAGGAUGCAAGGGGUGCUUUGGAUGCACUUCGUGAAGAACAUCGAUUAGCAUUGUUGAGAGAAAAACAAGAAGCUGAUAGAAAGAAGCAGAUGCAAAUGGCUCAAAAACUGGAGAUCAUGCGAAAGAAAAAACAGGAGUAUUUACAAUACCAACGUCAGUUGGCGUUGAGUAGAAUUCAAGAGCAGGAACGGGAGAUGCAAAUGCGUCAGGAACAACAGAAACAGCAAUACAAAAUCGCUGGUUAUCAAACGGUUGCUGGUUUCAUGGGUCCGCCAAGUCAAGGUUCUCCUAUUCGACAAAUUCAGUAUUCAGGACCCGAAGGAAACUAUAAUUCCAUGCCUACGACUAAUCAGACGCAGAGCGUUUACACUUAUGCAGCCGGAGCCACUGGCACGUAUUCUGUUCCAACGGGUUUUAUAAUACAACAUCCGCAUCAGACACAGCUUAUAGAUACGUCAGCCAUUUCAGAAUCAAAACUGCCGACGGUUGACAGUCAACCUAAUCAAAGUCAAGAAAGCCUUGGUAGAGUGACAGUAUCAGGACCAGGGAUACAAAUGCCUGUGAUGUCGGGUACAGUGGCACAACAGCAGCUUCAAGGGUCAGGCAACAUACCGACAACAGUGCCACAAUCAACAGGCCACAUGGCUGCUGCUCAGGCAUUACUUCCUCAACACCUGGGUCAGAGUCAAUCCACUACGGGUCAUAUGCUGAGCCACUCGGUUCCGAACUCUCUUGGACCACAAGCGCCUGUCCAUAUGGUUCCCAAUGGACUCCUACAGAGACAGCAGAUCAUCAUCGGACAAUCCUGUCAUGAACAAAUGAUGUCUCAGAGCAUAGCUAGACAGAUGCCUAUGGCCGGACCAAUGGGCCAAUCCCAUCCUCUUAGCACUGGGAUGCCCAUGGCAGGUUACAUUUAUUUAGGUCCUGGCCAAAUGGUACUAUCGGCAAACGGAUCAAUGCAGCAACCACAGCAGAUUCAGGGAAUACCCGGGACGAAUAUGGUGGCGCUCCAAGGCAUGCGAAUUCCUCUUACGCAGACCCAACUUAUGCAACAGCAACAACAGCAACAACAAAUGCAGCAGCAAAUACAACAGCAUCAGCAACAAUUACAACAGCAGCAGCAACAGCAAGGACAACAGACCCCGCAACAAGUAAUACAAACACCGAAAAUUGAAGAUGAAAGAAAGUCACCGGAGAUUGCUGAACUCAUCUCCUUCGAUUAA